AAGAAAAGAAAAGAAAAAAACGAAAAGAAAACGAAAACGUCUUCGUUAUUACCACUAGUACCGCUACUACCAUCGUUAUCGUCAUCGUCAUCCGUCACUGUCAAUCGUCACCGACCACCCUUAACGGUGUACGUACCAGGAUACCCCGUCGAUUCUUUUUCCUUUCCACACGAACCUCCCCGCCACAUUCUUAAGCACCUACCGUUCCCCUCCUCCUCCUCCUACCUUCUUCUGAGACAGCUCUCGUAACCCCCUUCUCCCCUCGUAUAAGAAUCAGUGCAUCGCGUGUGUCGGGACCAGUGCCAAACGAGUUGUGAUUCCGUACGGACAGUUUUUCAAGUGUGACCAUAUACACUCCACUCUAGCCUAUGAUUUAGCCAAGACGACCGAUCAAGUGAAUACCAACCAAGUGAACCGCUCUCCUCUCUCUCUCUCUCUCUCUCUCUCUCUCCUUCUCUCGCUCGCUCGCUCGCUCUCUCGUAUUGAACACAACUCGUUUGCUUUCUUAAACGAUAUACCGAAUCGCAGGGAAAUAAAAUAAACGCUAUCAACGCCAUCAUCAACGUCUAAUAUACGUCGUAUAUACGUAUGUAUAACGAGUCAGUGUGUUCUCCAUGCGACUGGUAUCUGUCAGCUACGUAAAUACACGCUCGACGACGAGCGGGUACCAGUGACCCGCGCCUUCGCGCAGCCAGUACGGUAUACAUCGGUGUGCUGCGACACGCGAGGAUCGUGUAGAUACUCGUCUCGCUCGCUCCUUGGCCGCCACGCGCCACCGCGAGUGCCCGCUUCCUACUCCAGAGUGAUCAAGUGCUAUGCGAAUAUGACAGUUGUGCAGGAUACUACGAUCGCGAACGAUCAACAAGUGACAAUGGAGGCCAUUCUAGUUCGUGACCAAAGGACCACUUCCCACCGAGUUCUCGAUCAUCGUCGUAUCUCGCCGAACGGCCUAAACGAUACCACCACCACUGCGUCCCACCAGCUAAACAGACCGUCAACCCAAACCCAAACAACCACCACCGCCAAAUGGUACAGAACCAUCCCCGAUAAGAAUCAACGAUUAGCGACGGUUAUCGCUUCGGGAACAGAGAGAAACCAUCCGAAGAAGAGACGCUUGUCGUGUGACUCGUGCCCGGUAUCUGCUUUUUACGACGAUCGGAGGAUACGAUCGAGAUACAACGCAUCCGUCGUCGCCGCCGCCGCCGCGACCACGUGGCUCAGGUUAGUUAGUCUUUUGGUGACGCUGCUCGUGGUCUCGGUGCACGCCGCUCCGACGAUGACGCCCGAGGAUAGACGGCUGAGCUCGUCCCCGAAAUGGGUGAAUCCUUGUGGCCUCGCUGCCGAUGAUUUUAACGGUGAUUUGGACGUGGUGCAGCUAACCGACUCGCAGCUUCUGCAGCAAGUUGUCGUUCAAGCGAAAACGGCGCUAACGCACGCGGAACUUUUUCGUGAUGAUUACGCUAGACGAACGUUCAACAUCGACUUUGCCGAUCUGCAUUCGAUGUUUAGAGACAACCGCUACGACUGGCUUCCCGGGCCACACGAAAUCCCCAAGGAACUGGGAAACGAGCUGAGUCGAGUGUACCUAAACGGAUUACAACUUGACAAGGCUCUAAUCGAUGCAUACGAGUACAUGCAGAAGUAUGCAGUGGGUCUCGAGCAAAUAGUCUGGGAUCAAGAAAAUCUUAAGCUUCAGUUUCGCGAUCAAUUUAAGGACACCGAAUACAGGCUGCGAACGGUUCUGUGCGAGUUGCAAGUGGCAUUAGUGGAGCGGCAGUUAUCGUCACGGCCAGACGUGACGCGCGACAUCAUGAAGCCGGAAUUCCGCAACUUGUCAUCGUCGGAGACGUUCCGGAACUUGCGCGAUUGGCUAAUCUUUCGGGACUACAUGAACGGGCUGGAAUACGUGGUGCAGGUGUUUGAACAUUUACGGCGCGGUUUGCAGUCCUGAGGAUGGCAAGGCGAAAGCCGAAGAAGGGCUACCAGGCGACGACUCGCCCGUUUGAGGAAAUCGGAACAGUCGAACCUGGAUGGUUUCCAUCUUUCGUCGUGAGGUUGCAAAGUGGAAAGUGGAAAGAAGCACGAGAAGGAGCUAGUAGAGGCGUGCUCGGUCAAACAGCUACUUACCUGUCUUGUCUCGUCUCGUCUCGUCUCGUCUCGUCUCGUCUCGUCUCGUCUCGUCUCGUUUCGUCUCGUCUCGGUUCCAGUGAGAGAUGCGUUUGCGUCUCUGUGGCGGCGAUCGGUCUAUCCGUCGACCAGCUGCGUCGCAGUGAAACCGACUGAUAUACCGUAUCGUCGGAACGCGGAAUUGUGCGCGUGUAUCCGUGUCAACCAGAAGCAAAGGUGUCUGUCUCUGACACGGAGAAUGAAUCGACGAAAACCGACGUUCGCGAGUUUCGUCGAUUUCGUCUACACCGCCUUUCGUCGUCGACGUUCACCGCAGAACAGACGGAGAGUUGCCACCGGGUGAGACAACCAGCCAGAGAGUGGAAACAACGAGAAGCAGCAGGGUCACGCGAUGAGCAGCCCAUUCGCUUUCGCCGCCAUAUUCUCUAUACUUCAUCGUCGUCUGUGAAUUUUUAUUAUUAUACGAUUUCGCACGCGCUUACGCCAGUACGCGCCACGAUCACGCAUCAUCACGCGUGAAAAUAAUCCGUGUCCAAAGUGUAAUCGUUUUACGUGCAAGAGGAUCAACGAAGCUGGCAGACACCAGUUCCGCGCCAUCGAUCAAAUUUCUCAUCAUUCGUUGAGAUUUCUAGUUUUCUUCCGAUCUAUUUGAUUCUUUCACGUUGUCUGCUAUUGCUGCUUUAUCUCUGAAUUUGAAAUUACUCGCGUGUACGAUCGAUUUCGAAAAACUCGCCCGUUUCUUUUUAUCGCGUUUUCGUAUCGGUGUGAUUCGAAUACAUGAACGUUUUAGAUAUCGUUUCAGACCUGUCGGGUUUGUUUGUUUUUAUUUCACGCAAACGGCGAGUAUAAUUUUACUUGGCGAGAUGAUUCUCGAUCGGUCCGAACCUAAAACCAUUUGAAAUGAAAAAAUUGGUGGUCGCGCAAAAUUGUGUAGAAAUGUGUCGUCUCGUGAUCGAUCGAUAACGUUCGUUCAAUUCGGGAUAACGUGAUUCCUCUUUGAACGCGAUUUAUUUGCAAAGAUUUUAAAGCAACGAUAUCGACGCGUGUCUCUUGUCUCGCUGUCGUUUUCAUUCGGAAGGGCGAUUUGUCAAAGAGGGGGGGGGGGGGGAAGGGAAGAGCAAGAGCGGAAAGAAGUCGAAUCGAUGGGAAGAGAGGAAAGAGAGGAUUCAGAGGAAAUCCGUAUAAACGAGCUUGUGUACCGCAGCGGUAUUAUAUCAUAAAUAUACGAGAUAAUACAUACAGUAUUCGCGCUUUAAUUUAGACUGUUCGCGUCGUGCGAGAGAAAAGAGCAAGGAGAAAGAAAUUUCUGCGUAUACGCUGCGUUGCGUGAUACAUUGGACGUGUAUUACGCCCGGGCCAAGGAAAAGUGACAGCACGACCGCGACAAAGGAGAUAACAAAUCCUUCGACGAGCCGUUUUUGCGCCCCAUUUUUAAUCCUACAUGAUAAUUUAUUGACUAACGUAAUAUUAUUAUAUCCGUAUUUAUUCAGAUUAUUUAUUUUUAUUUUUGUAAAGAUUUUACAUGUCCGAUUCACUGUAUUUAAAGCAUCUAGUUGAGCUUCAAAUUAUCUAGAACGUAAGAAAGAUACAGGAUAUAUUAUUAUUUUAAUUAUUAUUAUU